AUGGACCUGCUGGUUAUGAGGGAGAGACCCAGGAGAGGCAUCAGGAACAGUGGCUAUGACGUGAGUCCCACUCCCCUGACCCUGGUCCUGACCCUGGUCCUGACCCUGGUCCUGACCCUGGUCCUUACCCUGGUCCUGACCCUGGUCCUUACCCUGGUCCUUACCCUGGUCCUGACCCUGGUCCCGACCCUGGUCCCGACCCUGGUCCCGACCCUGGUCCCGACCCUGGUCCUUACCCUGGUCCUGACCCUGGUCCUGACCCUGGUCCUGACCCUGGUCCUGACCCUGGUCCUGACCCUGGUCCUGACCCUGGUCCUGACCCUGGUCCUGACCCUGGUCCUGACCCUGGUCCUGACCCUGGUCCUGACCCUGGUCCUUACCCUGGUCCUGACCCUGGUCCUGACCCUGGUCCUUUCCCACUGGCCCUAUCUGAACUGGUGUUCUGGGUCUCAGAAGCAGACUGGGACUGAACCGGAGCUGAUUGAGGAGACCAACGUGGAUCGUCUGAUUCCUCACGGGGGGUUAUGUCUGCCCCAGAGGGGUCAAAGGUCAUCAGAGACCUCCACGUUGAGCUCCCUCGUCCAUCACGAGCCCCGGACCUCCACCCCUGCCCUAUCUGUUACGUUGACCAGUGCCCCGGGAACCAUCCCCGUGGCCGGGGAAGGGCUGCAGUGGGUGCCGGCUCGGAGCAGACAUGUAUCAGUGCAGCCUCCCAAACCUGCCUUUAGGUUCAACCAGCUUCCUGACAUGGUUAUGACCUCUCCUCCACCCCCUAUUCCCCUCGCACUGGACCUCCCCCCUCCAGGGACCUCUCUAAGACGCUCGUCGCCUGACCUGGGGUCCACGGCCAGAAUCUCAGAGUCUGGGACCUACAUGACGGACAUGCAGACCCAGCAUAAUGACAGCAGCGCCCCCUAUGUCUCUCUCUCUAGAGCAGCACUCCCCUCAGUCCCCCUCUCCAGAGCAGCACUCCCCUCAGUCCCCGUCUCCAGAGCAGCACUCCCCUCAGUCCCCGUCUCCAGAGCAGCACUCCCCUCAGUCCCCGUCUCCAGAGCAGCACUCCCCUCAGUCCCCCUCUCCAGAGCAGCACUCCCCUCAGUCCCCCUCUCCAGAGCAGCACUCCCCUCAGUCCCCCUCUCCAGAGCAGCACUCCCCUCAGUCCCCCUCUCCAGAGCAGCACUCCCCUCAGUCAAAGCAGAACAGCCGAUGUCCACCUACUCAGGAAACCCCAUCACAGCGGUGUACGCCAUCCCAGCCUCGCGGUCGGGUUACUCUGAGUAUUUUGCCUCCACGCCUCCGUCCUCUUACCACAGCCCAUCCUGGAUGUCCUACCCCCCCGAGCCUGAGGACGUGCCCCCCCAGUGGGCUGACUCUGUGGCUCUCCCGGGGUACGUGGAGGCCUUCCCUCAUCCCCGCUACCCUCAAGGCAGCUCCCCCAGACUCCCCCUACACUAUGGCCAGGCCAUGGAGCCACCCCCCACCCCGACCACCGCCGCGUCCCAGCAGAGCCUGCCCGAUGCGGGGGAGCCCAGAGACAGAGUCCCCCUCAGCAGUCUCUCCACAUCCGCCCUGGUCCAGGCCAUCCGCCAGGAGGUGGCAAAGCUGGCCAAGAAGCAGACAGACAUGUUUGAGUUCCAGGUGUAAUCCCUCUAGUGGCUGGGAGGUGGAAUUGCAGCACUCUCUUUUCUGAACAUGCUGUAACACUAGAGACAAAACAAACUCUCAAACUAAACUUUUUUGAGAUUUGUAUAUUAAGACUGAUAAAAGCCUCUUUCUUUCUAUUUCUCUCUCUCUCCCACCUCUCUCAAAGUGGGAAAAUCCCACGUUUCUCUGACGUGUUUCAUCACCAUGCUGUUAUUUUGGAGUUACUGAAGAGUGAAAGUGUUCUAUCUCAAACUGUCAGUCAUCUCUUCUUAACGAUGUCUCUAUAGUUACAUUACCUGUUCCUUUACAUUGUACAUAUGUCAUCCCCACAUCUAAAGACCUGGAAUAAUGAAAGAUGAGUGUUUCACUAACCAGGACAGUAACCUUAGCAACCCACGAAGUCGAGGGCAGGCAGACCGUGGCACUAAAUCCUCCAAACACCGGUUUCGAGGGCAUCACUUUUAUACAAUGUGUUACCAACAUAUUCAAAUAAUGAUUGACAUAUUUUCAUUAUUAUUAUUUUUUUAAAUUAAUUUAUUCACACUAAUACAUCCUUCUACAAGGUAUAGUCCCGACACAAAUCUAGCCAGCUUGUCGUUCGUUCUAUCAGUUCGGUUGCUACAGUAGAGAA